AGAGAGAGAGAGAGAAUCGGCGGCGUCGAGACAGCACAGUGCGGAGUGACAGCGCGUUAUCUUUUACAUGAUUAAAACACUGCGCGGGGAGGAAUACACACACGGAUCGAUAGAAACAUAUCUUCAAUAUCUAGUCCGUCAUGGAGUCCUAUGACAUUUUAGCUAACCAGCCCGUUGUGAUUGAUAAUGGUUCGGGGGUUAUCAAAGCUGGUUUUGCCGGUGACCAGAUCCCCAAAUACUGCUUCCCCAACUAUGUGGGACGUCCCAAGCAUGUGCGCGUGAUGGCAGGAGCCCUGGAGGGGGACCUCUUCAUCGGACCCAAGGCAGAGGAGCACCGGGGCUUGCUGUCGGUGCGGUAUCCGAUGGAGCACGGCAUAGUGAAGGACUGGAACGACAUGGAGAGGAUCUGGCAGUACGUCUACUCCAAGGAGCAGCUGCAGACGUUCUCGGAGGAGCAUCCUGUGCUGCUGACCGAAGCUCCUCUCAACCCCAGCAAGAACAGAGAGAAGGCCGCGGAGGUUUUCUUUGAGACCUUCAACGUUCCCGCUCUCUUCAUCUCCAUGCAGGCUGUCCUCAGCUUGUACGCCACAGGCCGGACCACCGGCGUGGUGCUGGACUCGGGCGACGGCGUGACCCACGUGGUGCCCAUCUACGAGGGCUUUGCCAUCCCGCACUCCAUCAUGCGCGUGGACAUCGCCGGGCGAGACGUGUCGCGGUACCUACGCCUGCUGCUGCGCAAAGAAGGCUACAACUUCAACACCUCGGCCGAGUUCGAGGUCGUCCGCACCGUCAAAGAGAGAGCCUGUUAUCUGUCUCUCAACCCACAAAAGGACGAGACUUUAGAAACGGAGAAGGCGCAGUACGUACUGCCGGACGGAAGCACUUUAAACAUCGGGCCGGCGAGGUUCCGGGCGCCAGAGCUGCUGUUCAGGCCCGACCUGAUCGGAGACGAGAGCUCGGGGAUCCACGAGGUCCUGGCCUACGCCAUCCAGAAGUCGGACAUGGACCUGCGGCGCACGCUCUACUCCACCAUAGUGCUGUGUGGCGGCUCCACCCUCAUCAAAGGUUUCGGGGAACGACUACUAACUGAAGUCAAGAAGCUGGCACCCAAAGACGUGAAGAUCAAGAUUUCUGCCCCCCAAGAGAGGCUCUACUCCACAUGGAUUGGUGGCUCCAUCCUGGCGUCGCUGGACACCUUCAAGAAGAUGUGGGUGUCGAAGCGAGAAUACGAAGAAGACAGAGCACGUGCCAUCCACAGGAAGACCUUCUAGUAGGCCCGCCAGCCCCCACCCCCCGAAACUGCCCUCAAACCCUCCCCCCGUCACACUGUGGGAGACGCCUGCGCCCUGUCAUCUCCCGGGUACCUCUUGCGUCAUCCUUUCUCAAAACUCCCACAAUCCCCUGCCUCUACACUCCUGUCAGCCUCCUGCUUUACCCAGAGAAACACGCACCUUUAUGUGUGCUAGUUUCUAUAUUUACCUCCUUUCUCCUUCGCCUCCUAGCUCCCCCUACCCUCCUUUUUUUUUUUUUUUUUUCACCGCUGUAGGUUGACGAUGACGGCUAACCUCGGCG